CGCCAUGUCAGACUGGGAACUGCACAAGGAAGAUGUGGUCUGUGUUUUUUCGGGAGCGGGCUUGGAGACCGCAGGAUCAGGCGGCGAUCCAGCGGCGGACAGCUUGCCACCUCAGCGAUCCUCGCCACGGAUCAAAGACCGCAGCUGACAGGUGCGGUCAGCGCCUCGAUCCUCGUAGAACGCAUCGGGAGGGUGUGGUUUCUGGCAGGGCAAAAUUACCAGACCGCCCCUGGAUGGUGUGGUCUGAGUAGUAUAAAUACCCCUCCCCCUCUAAUUUCUUCACACCACAACCCAUUAUUCACUCUCUCUCUAAAAUUAUCUCUCUAACCCCUCCCCUCCCAAAAGCCUAGGAAAUAGUGGUCUGUUGGUUGCGGCUAAGUCCGAUCUGCCAUCAGAAAACAUUUCUUUGGUUUUUUCCUCAAAACCCGCCGAAUUUCUGUCCGACUUUCGCGAAAAAAUGGAGGAGUGGUUCCAAGGAGAGGAAGUUUAUUAUGACGAAUUUCAAGCGGUACGUACUCAUUAUUCUGGUUAAUUUUUGUUUUUGUUAUAUACAACCAACGCUAUUAUUUGGAUCAAUGACCUAUUGAUCCAAGUUGGAUAUUAUGUGUUAGAUAUUACAUUUUAAUUAUGAAUUUCAUGUAGUUAUCCACUUAUCUAAAAUCUACACACUCACAUUUUACAUACUAUAUGUUGUACUUAAUCUAUUUUAGCUAUUUUAGAGGGUGUGUCAAAAACUUACGAUUUUACGCUUUGAUUCUACGUUUUACGAUUUUACCCAUUUCCCGCUUCUAGGUAGAAUCGUGCUUUUAACUGCAUUGGAUCCAACCGACUUGUACGACCAAACCAACCAUCGUUCAAGGGAUGUUUGGAACGAUCACUAGGUACAUACAAUUCUUCAUCAUUUGUCUUUCUUUUAUUUUGCUAAUGUACUUAGUGGAAUAUAAAAUAAUUUAAUCAUAUUGGUUAUUUUCAAUAAUUUAAUCGAUUACAUAGCACCACUUACUUCGACUCUUUAUAAAGAGAUCCACAUCUAAGGAAAUGGGGUUUUAAGAGAUUAUCAUGAUCCUCCCAUUUCCUGAGAAAAUUGGGUAUUUAGGGAUCCACGGAUCCCCCCUUUUUCUAUCAAAAAGGCUGCGUUUCUAAGAAGAUGUAUACCUCUUCUAAGAGUCUAAUGAGUGUUGCAUUGUAUUCGAUUAAAUUAUUCUUCAUAUGACGGGAAAGAUUGAUGACGAGUGGUUGGCAUGGUCCGGUUGAACUUCUUCUUCAUGUGACGGGAAAGAUUGAUGAUGACCUUCACCUUGCUCUUGGUACUGAAAAUAGGAAUGAGGAUCAUGGUAACUUUGGUAGGGAUGAUCUCCAUAUAAUUCACCUCCACCAUGGAUACUAGAUGUUUGACCGCCUCCAGAAUGACCUCCAACGCCUACGAUCGGCUCGGUGUAAACGAAAAUCUCGGCUUUGGAAAGAUUGUUGGACCUCAAGAAUUCGAGCAUAGCAUCUACCUCAUCCUGAGUGGUUAUGAUAUAUUACUCGUGCCACAAAGACCCGCCGCCUUCUCUGUUUUGAUAUCGGUACACCAUACGAUCAACUCUUCUCGUGCCAUCCAUGCAAGUAACGUUAGUAAACAUUUGAUAGAGGUCUUCAAGCAUCGGUCUGGUAGCGACCUUUAUUUUCUGAAAAUUGCCACCGACGUAGGUGACCCCCUUUCCGCUCUCUUCCGUGUAACCAUUCCACCGUAACCCAAGCGUGAACUUUUGGAAUACCAUCUGCAAAAAAAAGUAGUUCAACUAAUAUCAUAAAAAUCACAAUUCACAAUUCACAAUAAAAAGUAAUACAAAAUAAACUUAUGAGUUAACG